UUUAUCGAUUUGAGCAACAGAUGAAAACAACUGUUUGAAGAUGAGUUUACAUCGACAAAGUUCAUAUGCUAGCACAAUGAAAAUUGAGAUGCUAUUCAAAGCGAAAGAGAAUGGAAGCUUACACGCGAUAUCUGAGGCGGAAGCUACAUCUGGAGACAGAACUUCGGUUGAACACGCAUUGCAUGUAGUACCAGAGUACUAUAACCUAUUAGCUUCGGGUAAGAAGUCAGUUGAGGGCCGGUUGAACAUGGGUGACGAGGCGCAUGUGUGUGUAGGGGAUAUUUUAGUCAUGAAUGGAACUUUACGGUUACAUGUCAAAAGGAUUGCUCUUUACGGGUCAAUACAAGAGUAUUUGGUUACGGAAGGACUAGAUGUCUGCCUCCCAGACAAAGACACAAUCGACGAAGGAGUGCAGGUAUACUACAGAUUCUACACGCCUGAGCAAGAGGCUGAAUUCGGCGUGUUGGCUUUCGAGGUGACUGUAUUGUGAGCGGACUUAAUAAAGUCGCAUCUCUUUAUCCA